AUGCUCACGGCGACUGUAACCAGCUGGCAGGGACUAUACGCGCAGCGGCUCUUGCUAGGCUUCGUCGAGUCCAUCAUCCCCACCGGCUCCAUGUGCAUCAUCAGUGAAUACUACACACAAAGCGAGCAGGCCCUCCGCCAGGCGUGGUGGUUCUCAGCAGCUGCCUUGUUCACUAUAAUCGGCAACGCGCUCAACUACGGCUUCGCGCAGUUCCACGGUGGGAUGCUGAAGCCCCCGCAGUACAUCUACCUCCUCGCCGGCUCGUUGAAAGUCGUGUUCGGCCUGAUGUGUUUCGCUACUCCAAACUCUCCCCGUCUCUGCCUGUUCCCAGGCGGCGGCAUCUCAUUCAUAGGUUGUAUUACUGGCGGCUGGCUCGCGUCGCCGAUUCCCAGCAUUCGCCUUUUGCUGUCCGUGUUUUACUGCUUGCCGGUCAUCGCUGGCUGCGCCAUGAUUUGGAAAUCGAAUUGGACGCACCAUGCGCCGACGCCGGUAGCCGGGACUGCUAUCAUCGGAUGCUUUGGAGACGUUACUAGUCUAUCGAUGGUUGCUGGUAUGGCGAACGUGGCUAGCGCGACGAAGAAGAGCGUGAUGGCGGCAGCGAUCUUCGGCGCUGUUGGCGUUGGGUAUAUUGUUGGGCCGCAGUUGGCCAAGAGUCAAUGCAAGGCGAAGCAUUACCCGGAGCUGUGGGAGGGAUUGAUGACAAGGUGA